UAAUAAUGAUAAUAAUAAAAAAAGAAGAGAAAAUAUUAAAGUUCUUUCAACCGGAGGCAGUCACACCGGUUUUGAGGAAGAGAAACACCGGCAUUUCAAACAACGAUGAGUUACCUGGAGGUGACGUUCGAAUUAAUCGGGGUGAUCUUGCAUUCGAUUGCCGUUGCUUUUGUUGCCCUCUUCAGGUGUAUCAUCCCGGAACCAUUGAAAUCUGUCCGGGAAAAGGUUAUCCUGGUUACCGGAUCCGGUGGUGUUCUCGGUCGACAGAUAGCUCAAAAAUUUGCUUUGCUCGGGGCGAGGUUGGUCUUGGUGGAUCUCAAUGAAGUCCACAACAAUGAAACACUUCAUAACAUCAAACAAAUGCAAUGUAAAGCUUAUGCGUACACUUGCGACGUGAGCAAUGAAAAUCAGGUGGAGGAGUUGGCGGAUAAAGUUCGUCGAGAUGUGGGUGAUGUGGACAUUCUCAUCAACAAUGCGGGGGUGUUGCCCGGUAAACCCCUCCUGGAACUCUCCAGUAGUCAGAUAAAGAAAACACUGGAAAUCAACACUUUAGCUCAUUUCUGGACUAUUCGUCAGUUUUUGCCUCGAAUGCUUGAGCGAGGGGAAGGACAUCUGGUGGCAAUUGCUUCCGUAGCUGGUAUGUUGGGUAGUGCUUAUCUUGUUGACUAUUGUGCUUCCAAGUAUGCGGUCGUAGGACUGAUGUCAGCUCUAAAGGAAGAACUGUACGAGAUGGGAAGAGAGGACCAGAUAGAAAUGACUGUCAUCUGUCCCACUACUAUCAAUACUGGUCUUGUACAGAAACCAAAAACCAGGUUCCCAUCUGUGUUGCCCAUCCUAGAGCCGGAUAAAGUUUCUGAUGUUGUCGUGAAUUCCGUUUUGAGGAAUAAAAGAUUCGUAGUCAUACCCACGUUCGCUCACGUCAUUUACAAAAUUUCAAAUUUGUUUCCCCCGCAAGUUCCUUUGUUGCUCCAACGUUUCUUCGGCUACACUCUCGACCCAAAUGUGAAAUGAGUUUUUACUUCAUUCAUUGUAUUAAAAACAAAACUGUUGACAAUAAAUAUUUAUUUUUCA